CGCCCUCUCCCGAGGCGGCCUGGGCCGGGCUCCUUGAAUGGCUUUCGCUUUCCGAGCGGAAGUGGACGGAGGCCCCCGGAGAAAGCGCCGCGCCCGGCGGUCACAGCUGCUGCCGCCGCUGCCGCCGCCUCCCCGCGCAGGUGCCCGGUCGGCUAUCCUGGCGGCGGCGGCGGCGGCGCGGCGUCUCGGCGGCCUUGCGGAGCCAUGGGCGGCGCGGGCGCGGGGCCGGACUGGCGGGACUCGCUGCCCUACUACUACUGCGUCAAGUUCGCGCUCUCGGCGUCCUCCACCCUCUUCUCGAUGAUCGGCCUUUUCAUCUUCUGUGUGGGCAUUUAUGCCGAAGUAGAAAGACAGAAGCACCGGACCCUGGAAGGGUUGUUCCUCGCCCCAGCAGUCAUUCUCAUCCUCCUGGGCCUCACAAUCUUUGCUGUUUCUUUUAUUGGCAUGGUGGGCUCCCUCCGAGACAACCGGAUGCUGCUGAAAACCUUCUUCUGGGUCCUCUUGGCCAUUUUCUUCACUGAGUUGCUGCUGCUGCUGGUCGAAAUCACCUUCGAGAAGCAGAUGAAUGCAAUGUUCCAUUCCAGCAUUCAGGAUGGAAUAAGGCACUAUUAUGACGACUUGGAUUUCAAAAAUAUUUUGGAUUAUGUUCAGCAAAAGUUUUCCUGCUGUGGAGGUGAUGAAUUCAGUGACUGGCAUGUGAAUCCAUACCAUUCAUGCAAUGGCAGUGGCCCUCUGGCCUGUGGAGUGCCCUACACGUGCUGUAUUAGGAAGGCUCCCGGAGAAGUCAUCAACACUCUGUGUGGAUACCAGACACUAAAUCAAGAGCGACUGGAGUUGGUGAACACCAUCUACGUACGUGGCUGCAUCCAUGCAGUGAGCUUUUGGUUCAAAGACAAUUUUGAAGCUACUUUAGCGAUUGUUUGCUCUUUGCUCCUCCCUCAGGUCUUUGGCUUGGUGAUGGCCUGGCUACAUUGGCAAAAGCUCAAUGAGAUUCAUUCCCAAAUGGACACCGUGGACUUCAGGCAACUAGACUGGAGCAACUUCAAUUUUGCUACUCUGGACCUCACGGGGGCCGGCUGGUGCUGGUGUUUGCCUCGAGAAGGCGGUUACAUCCCAGUCUGUGACAAAGACGAUGGGAACGAGGUGGAGACUGCCAUUAGCCACGGCCAAAGUGUUUACAUGCGAUGGUGGACUUGGGCCACGAUGUGGCAUCCUGUCACCAAUCAGAUGCACCUUAGUGACCCUGUUGUGGACAAGCAAAGGAUCUACAAUGAACUGUUAUUAGAGGAUAAAGUGUGUUACCUUUACUGAGCAGGAGCAGAAGGCCUGAAAAGGAGGUGCCUUCUGCAUUAGUGAAAAUCUCACAGCAACAUGGGCUGUUAAAUAAAUAUCUUCCUUAGGAAAUGCACUCAUUUUGAAAAAAGGCCUGUAUUGACGAGGUACAGAAACUCUUGUAAAAUCUUGUUCUUUUCUAGUCAUGCUGCUUUUGAAUUUUGCUGUAUAUAUUCUUUGCUUCUGUUUUUCAUGAUUUGUAUAAGCCCCGAUUUGUAAUCCGGAUACCUUGAUAGUGUAGCGGCUAUGAUCGAUUUUGACUGAUCAAUUGAUUGAUUAAAUAAAUAAAUGGUUGGACAUGGA